CCCAGCCUCCGCACCGAGAGAGAGAACUGGUGACGCUAGUUGCUUUGGAUCAAGAGGCUAUCUAGAUCGGAGGAGACCAACCCAUGGCACGCAUGCCGCAUGUGGGUUAUUUUGAAUUCUGAUCCUGUCCUCCAAAGCACUUUCGGCUCUUCCUGAAAAUCUGUCAUCCGCAUACUUUAUGAGCGUGCUCUCUAUUUCAUCACCUGCCUUGUUAAUGAAAACGUUGACUAGACCCAGGUGCAGGACAGACCCCUGUAGGCCUGUACUUGAUAAGAUGUCUCAUUUUGAAAGUGGAAAGGGACCAGAAUGAUGAUGAGGUCUGCCCCAUUCACACAGGAGAUAGAAACAUUGUACACCUAGUACCACAGAAAUGAUCAAUACAGCCUCUGAUGGUGUCAACUCUAGCAAUGAUAGUAGACACCACGAAAUCUUACCAUUGCACCACUCACCGAGAUACCAAAAAUACGUGCAUCACUUCUGAAGAUAUUAAACACUGGCGAUUUCCCAAGCAUCCUUGCAGGCACGCCACUUUUGAACUGGGAGCUACGUGGAUCCAUGGUUCGCAUGGAAACCCAGUCUAUCAUCUAGCAGAAGAUAAUGGCUUACUUGAAGAAACUACUGAUGGCGAGAGAAGCGUUGGCCGCAUCAGUCUCUACUCCAAGAAUGGGGUGGCUUAUCAUCUUACCAACAACGGGCAAAGGAUCCCGAAAGAUGUGGUUGAAGAAUUCAGUGAUUUAUACAACGAGGUCUAUAACCUGACUCAAGAGUUCUUCCAACGUGGUAAACCAGUCAAUGCUGAGAGCCAGAACAGUGUGGGCGUCUUCACACGGAGUGUCGUGCGCAAGCGCAUCAAGGCCGAUCCAGAUGACUCGGAGGCCAUCAAGAAGCUCAAGCUAGCAAUGAUUCAGCAAUAUCUUAAGGUGGAGAGCUGCGAGAGCAGUUCCCAUAGCAUGGAUGAGGUCUCGCUCAGUGAAUUCGGAGAAUGGACCGAAAUCCCUGGUGCCCAUCACAUCAUUCCUUGUGGCUUUAUUAAGAUUGUGGAGAUCCUGGUCCGGUCGAUCCCGGAAUCUGUUACCCAGCUCCGCAAGCCAGUCAAGUGCAUCCACUGGAACCAGUCUGUCAGCAAGGAGAUCGAGCGCGUGGCCGACCACAACAGCGACAGCACCGAGGAGGACAAGGGCUGCAACGUCUUUGUGGAGUGCGAGGACUGUGAGUUCAUCCCAGCCGACCACGUCAUUGUGACAGUAUCUCUGGGGGUCCUGAAGAAGCACCACAAGAGCAUGUUUCACCCCCGUCUGCCUGAGGAGAAAGUGAUGGCCAUUGAGAAACUGGGCAUCAGCACCACCGACAAGAUCUUCUUAGAGUUCGAAGAGCCCUUCUGGAGUCCCGAGUGCAACAGCAUCCAGUUUGUCUGGGAGGACGAGGCGGAGAGCGAGAGCUUGACCUACCCAGAGGAGCUGUGGUAUAAGAAGAUCUGCAGCUUUGAUGUCCUGUACCCACCGGAGCGGUAUGGCCAUGUGCUGAGCGGCUGGAUCUGUGGAGAGGAGGCUCUGAUCAUGGAGAAGUAUGAUGAUGAAACUGUAGCGGAAACCUGCACUGAGAUGCUGCGUAAAUUUACAGGUUUUGACCCAGGGAAUCCAAACAUUCCGAAACCUCGCCGGAUCCUGCGGUCCUCAUGGGGCAGCAAUCCCCGCUUCCGUGGAUCCUAUUCAUAUACCCAAGUUGGGUCUAGUGGGGUUGACGUGGAGAAACUUGCCAAGCCACUGCCUUAUACUGAAAGCUCCAAGACUACUCCUAUGCAGGUGAUGUUUUCGGGGGAGGCCACUCACAGGAAGUAUUAUUCCACUACCCAUGGUGCUCUGCUUUCUGGCCAGAGAGAGGCUGCUCACCUCAUUGAAAUGUACCAAGACCUCUUAACCUGCAGGAACUGAACGACCUAAUCUCUGAGAAGAACCACUAACUCGUGAUUCCUUUUACAGUUGUGCGUAGGGUUUUUUAAGUAACGGUAGAACCAUUUUUAUCUUUUUAUAAAAGCCCUAACUGUUUUAAGAGUUAGUAUCUGUAGCUUAUUUCCGUGUACUGUAUUGUUAACAGGGAAGGGUGCUCUUUCUGUACGGUAAACUGUUUUUUGUCAUUUGAAUUCUAAUUGCACUUUCAGUGCCUCUCUUUUUUUUUUUCUUUCUGUAUUGUAAGUGCCUUCUAUACUAAAAUAAAUGUUGUAAUACAAGUACCCGUGUGGUGGU